AUGUCGGCAGCACAGCUUCUCAAUCCCAAGGCCGAGUCGCGGAGACGCGGGGAAGCUCUCCGUGUAAACAUCUCAGCCGGAGAGGGUCUACAGCAGGUGCUUGCCUCAAAUUUGGGACCCCGCGGUACACUGAAGAUGCUUGUAGACGGCGCUGGAGGAAUCAAGCUCACAAAAGAUGGCAGCGUUCUGCUGAAGGAAAUGCAAAUCCAAAACCCUACCGCCGUUAUGAUUGCACGAGCAGCGACGGCACAAGAUGAGAUCACAGGCGAUGGCACAACCUCCGUGGUACUCUUGGUGGGCGAGUUGCUGAAGCAGGCUGAUCGCUACAUUGCGGAGGGUCUUCACCCUAGAGUAAUAGCAGACGGUUAUGACAUUGCGAAAACCGAGGCACUCAAGUUCCUUGACGAGUUCAAGCUUGCAAAAGAAGUCGACCGCGAACUCCUGCUAUCCGUAGCCCGAACGUCGCUCUCAACGAAGAUUAACAGCUCGCUCGCCGAACAACUGACUCCCGAUAUUGUCGACGCAGUCCUCGCCAUCUACCAAGCCCCCGCGAAGCCCGAUCUACACAUGGUGGAAAUCAUGACUAUGCAACACCGCACCGCUGCCGAUACACAGCUCAUUCGAGGACUUGCUCUUGACCACGGUGCAAGGCAUCCGGAUAUGGCCAAGAGGGUAGAGAAUGCAUACAUCCUGACCCUGAACGUCAGCUUAGAGUACGAAAAGUCCGAGAUCAACUCUGGCUUCUACUACUCGAGUGCGGAGCAGCGAGAGAAGCUUGUAGAGAGUGAGCGCCGUUUCGUCGACGAGAAGCUGAGGAAAAUUGUCGAGCUCAAGAAGGAGGUUUGUGGCAACGAUCCCAGCAAAGGUUUCGUUAUAAUAAACCAAAAGGGCAUUGACCCCCUCAGUCUGGAUGUACUUGUCAAGAACGGUAUCUUCGCAUUGAGGAGAGCUAAGAGGAGGAACAUGGAACGUCUACAGCUUGUCUGUGGUGGUACAGCGCAGAACAGCGUUGACGACCUGACACCGGACGUUCUUGGCUGGGCAGGCUCUGUCUAUGAACACCAAUUGGGCGAGGAGAAGUAUACCUUUAUUGAAGAUGUCAAAGAGCCAAAGUCUGUUACCCUACUGAUCAAGGGACCAAACUCGCACACUAUUGCCCAAAUCAAGGAUGCUGUUCGCGACGGGCUGAGGAGCGUGUACAACAUGAUUGUUGACGGAAGCGUUGUUCCCGGAGGAGGCGCCUUCCAAGUAGCAUGUGCAGCUCAUCUAGAGAGCGAGCAGUUCAAGAAGACGGUCAAGGGUAAAGCCAAGUGGGGAGUUUCGGCUUUUGCUGAUGCGCUUCUUAUCAUUCCCAAGACGCUGGCGGCUAACUCUGGUCAUGACAUUCAAGACUCAUUAGCCGCGCUGCAAGACGAGCACGCCGAGGGUAACGUUGUAGGCCUGAAUCUCGCAACUGGAGAAGCCAUGGAUCCCAAUCAAGAAGGCGUCUACGAUUCAUUCAGGGUGCUGCGCAACAGUAUAGCAUCUGCCACUGGCAUUGCUUCUAACCUGUUGUUGUGCGACGAGAUGCUCAAGGCACGACAGAUGGGACGAGCACCAGGACCCGGCGACGAUCAAUGA